AUGCUGGAUCAACCCAGUGACCCAAAGUUCAAGGGCGCUUUGGCCCAGAUCUAUGUCCGAAGCCAACCCUAUGGAGGUUCCGAUAAGAGCAACAACGGCCACCGUUACGAUUCCAUCCCGAUCGUGAAUGGCAUGAUCAGCGCUGGAAUGAGUUGCCAGCUGACUCACUACACACACGAGGAGCAUGACAAGUUUUUCGAGCUUUGCAGAAACUUCGACUUUGUCAUCGUGCGAUGCAAUCCAGGCCAGAUCAAGGCAGACGGCGGUGACCAACAGAAGUUUGAUGAUGGCAUGUGUGCUUUGAGGAAGAUGGGCAAGCAGGUUUGGCCAUCCCCUGAUGUCAUGGAGAAGAUGGGAGCCAAGGAUGCCUUGUGCAAGGUGGCUACCAUGAACAUUGGUUUGCCAGACACUCUGGCCUACUACAGCCCUGAGGAGUUCUCCGCUGGCUUCAAGAAGACCAUGGCGUUCCAGCCACGUGUCAUCAAGCAGAAUCGUGGCUCAUCUGGCGAGGGCAUUUGGAUCAUCAAAUUGAAAGAUGAGAACUACUGCAAGGAGUACGGCGAGAGGUCCUGUGAGGAUGGUGAGAAGCUGGUCCUCACGGAGGCCAAUGACAAACAUGAGGAGGAGCACACGGUGGCCGAGUUCAUCGAAUUCUGUGUUCAUGGCCGUACGCACAAGUCAGGUGAGUGGACCUCCAAAGGUGUCGGCAAGUACUUGGAGGGUGGCAAGGAGGCAGGUGGCCAGCUUGUGGAUCAGCGCUUUCGCCCACGUAUUGUGAAAGGACUGCGCUACAAUCUCAUUGGUGACAACAUAAUCGGAAUCUCACUCGGCAUCAGUCUUUCACCAGACUGUUCCGAAUUUGCCGAGCUGACUGAGAACUUCCGGAAGGACUUGCCCCACGUGAUGCCUUCCCUGGACUUGGCACAUGAGCCGUUGCCACUUUGGUGGACCACUGACUUCAUCAACGCCUCAGCGAAGGCCGAGGAUGAGAAGUGGGACGACACCCCCAACGCCUGCUGGGAUGACAUCUCAGAGGUAAACAAGGCAGAGGCAAAGAAGAUCGGCGUCCUCAUGGGAGAACAGGCGUUGAGCAUCCUGCAGAUGGUCUCGGUCUCUCAGUUGUACGGAUGA